AGCGGGAGAGCACGAGCAUCCGUCAAUCUCAUGCAAGCCCCUGCGCCUCGUACGUAUGUUUCUUAUCCUCUCUCUUGCUGCUUGGCUUGUUUUUGUUCGUAUAUACGUCGUUGGAAGACCUCGAGUUAUUAUUUUGCAAGCCUCCAAACACUGGCAUCAACUUCAAGCAUCUCCAGCCGACCACGAUUCACCAUGGCUCCCAUUGCUAUCACACCUCCUGCUCUCGAGUCUAAGCAGGCUCGCCCCGGCAUUCAACGUGCCAACACUGCCAACAUGGGCACCAAGCGGAAGAUCAUCUGUUUUUCAGACUUUGACGGAACUAUUUUCAUGCAGGACACUGGCCACACACUCUUUGACAAUUUCGGCUGCGGACCUGAACGAAGGGCCAUCCUUGCCAAGCAGAUGGAAGAUGGAGAACGGACCUUUCGCGAGGUGUCAGACGAGCUGUACGCUUCCUUGGACGUGCCAUUUGAGGACGGUUUCGAGGUCAUGAAGACAGCCCUGGAGAUUGACCCUGAUUUCCAAACGUUCCACGAAUUCUGUGUCAACAACAGCGUUCCAUUCAAUGUCAUCUCUGCCGGACUGAAACCUGUUUUGCGAAGAGUACUCGACCACUUCAUUGGAGAAGACAUGAGCAAGCACAUCGAAAUCGUCGCAAACGACGCAAAGAUUGCCGAAGAUGGCAGCAAAUGGGAGGCUGUCUGGAGGCAUGAUACCCACCUUGGUCACGACAAGGCACAAUCAAUCAACGAGUACCGCGAGGUGGCUCAGAUGCAGAGUGACAAUGGUACAAUCCCACUGAUCGUCUUCAUAGGCGAUGGUGUCUCAGAUCUUCCGGCGGCACGCGAAGCCGAUGUGCUCUUCGCCCGCCGUGGCCUGAAGUUGGAAGAAUAUUGCGUCGAGCAUAAGCUGCCAUAUAUUCCUUUCGACACUUUUGCCGACAUUCAAAAGGAAGUCAUCAAGAUCGCCAAGAUCGAUGAUGAGAAGACUCACGGCAAGGGUGUACCAGCAACAUUCAAUCCCCGCGCCAAUAUGUGGAGAAGAGCCAGCAGCAAGGCCUCUGUCCCGUUCUUCGCGGCUAUGAGCCCAUCCAGGGAGGAGAAGGCCUUCAUGUGGCCAGAGGCCUUUACGCAGCCGGCGACUGUACAGAACACGGAUGCCGCCAAGGCUGCCGUUGCUGCACCAGUGGCAUAGAACUGCGGUACUCCUGGGCACUCUCACACUCUCCCUUUCAAUGCUAUAGCAUUGUCGAGAUCAAGUUUGUCGAAACAGUUUCAUUGCGUGACGGGCGCAACAGCGAGAGGCGUUCGGUUGGUAAUUCGAGGUCAAUGUAUGGACACUUACGAUUUUAUGUUACAAGCAUUAUAUAUUGGAUCUAGCCAGAUAGAGUAGAGUGAUACCACCUGCCAGAGACCAAGGACGAGAAUUUAGAAACGUUGAGGAAUCGGCAACCAUAUAUGCCGUCCCGUUUCCAAUCAGCUAAGAUUAAGAUCAUGAUCAAAUGUCGAGUCUUUUGAAAACC